GACCUCGUGAAAUAAAAGAGCAGAAAACAAACCCAGGCGAUCACAGCAGCAGCCGCGGCGGCAGCAGCAGCAGCAGCAGCAGCAGCAGGAGGAGGAGAAGUUGGAGUGGGGCAGGCGCUCCGGAGUGGCCGGGCUCCGCGCGGCUCCCAUUCAUUAAGGAGCCAGCGGCGGAGGAAGGUGGCCGGGCGCCCGCGCUGCCCACUCGCUCGCGCACGCAGACACACGCCAGCCCCGCGCGCCCCGGGCCGCGCAGCUCUGCAAAAGUUUCUGCUCGGGGUUUGGCUCUCCUCCCCCUGGACUGUGGAAGCAGGAAAGCAGAGGCGCACCAGGGGAGCAGAAAACACCACCGCCUGCAGUCGGAAGCGGGCGGCGGGGCUGCACUCUCGCCGCCGCGCCCGAGCCGGGGCCGACCGCCCCUCUCCGGAGCAGUACCGGCCGGGAGGCGACCCGGGCGCCUGGGUGUGUGGCUGCUGUCGCGGGGCGGGAGGCUCGCGCCGCAGCCAGCGCCAUGCAAAACUACAAGUACGACAAGGCGAUCGCCCCGGAGAGCAAGAACGGCGGCAGCCCGGCGCUCAACAACAACCCGAGGAAGGGCGGCAGCAAGCGGGUGCUGCUCGUCUGCCUCGACCUCUUCUGCCUCUUCAUGGCGGGCCUGCCCUUCAUCAUCAUUGAGACAAGCACCAUCAAGCCGUACCAUCGAGGGUUUUAUUGCAAUGACGAGAGCAUCAAGUAUCCACUGAAAACUGGAGAGACGAUAAAUGAUGCUGUGCUCUGCGCGGUGGGGAUUGUCAUCGCCAUCCUCGCGAUCAUCACAGGGGAAUUCUACCGGAUCUAUUACCUGAAGGAGAAGUCCCGGUCAACCAUUCAGAAUCCCUAUGUGGCAGCCCUCUAUAAGCAAGUGGGCUGCUUCCUCUUCGGCUGUGCCAUCAGCCAGUCUUUCACAGACAUUGCCAAAGUCUCCAUAGGGCGCCUGCGUCCUCACUUCUUGAGCGUCUGCAACCCUGAUUUCAGCCAGAUCAACUGCUCUGAGGGCUACAUCCAAAACUACAAAUGCAGAGGUGACGACAGCAAGGUCCAGGAAGCCAGGAAGUCUUUCUUCUCUGGCCACGCCUCCUUCUCCAUGUACACGAUGCUCUAUUUGGUGCUGUACCUGCAGGCCCGCUUCACCUGGCGAGGUGCCCGCCUGCUCCGGCCCCUCCUGCAGUUCACCCUGAUCAUGAUGGCCUUCUACACAGGACUGUCCCGCGUGUCUGACCAUAAGCACCAUCCCAGCGACGUCCUGGCAGGAUUUGCUCAAGGCGCCCUGGUGGCCUGCUGCAUAGUUUUCUUCGUGUCCGACCUCUUCAAGACCAAGACAACACUCUCCCUGCCUCCCCCUACUAUCAGGAAGGAAAUCCUUUCACCUGUGGACAUUAUUGACAGGAACAAUCACCACAACAUGGUGUAGGUGCCACGCACCUCCUGAGCUGUUUUUGUAAAAUGACUGCUGACAGCAAGUUCUUGCUGCUCUCCAAUCUCAUCAGACAGUAGAAUGUAGGGAAAAACUUUUUGCCCGACUGAUUUAAAAAAAGGAAAAAAAAGUCUUACUUUGUGGCCUUCCAAAAUAGGUAGCGUUCACCUAUGUGGAAACAACAGCAAACUAACACCAAGUGCCGGAAUCCUGGAUGUGCAAUUGGUUUAAGUGUUCAUGUUCUAGUGAACACGGCUUGUUCUGGAACAAACACUAAAACGAUUUCAGUAGAGUCUGCCGGUCACCUUUGUGACCUGGGAAACCCAGGCCUGUGAGAGGAGCUCAAAUUCACAUUGUAGCACACAAUGCCAGAAAUAGCACUGAAUCAAGAAGAUAGCCAUCGGGGGGCUCCCCUCUUGUGUCUCUCUGUCCACACCACUCCACUUUCCACUGUGACUUUGGUUCAGGAAGUUUUUUCGGGUUUUUUUGUUUGUUUGUUUGUUUUUAAUAUAAGGAAGGAGCAAGUUUGCUCAGUCAAGUGAUCAGAUCCUGAAUCCAACUUCCCAGUCCUAAGGCCUUAUCACUCACUUCCCCGGCCCAUAGGCCACAGCAGCCACAGUCGCUCACUUUAGUGAUUAGGAGACUCUUUGUGGAUGAGUGAACUUCACAAAUAGCACAAUUUCAGAAGAGAUCGAGGGUACAGGCCCUCAUUUGUCUUCUUUUGACACAUCGUCCUGUGACGUUGACACGUCAGGUGCAGGAUGCUGAUGCUGUGUACAUCAAUCACCGGGCACCGCAUGCUCUUGGUAACGGUUAGCUUCGGUCACUGCUUUCUCUCUUGAGGUCCUUGCUGCAUGCCCACCAGGAUUUCCUGUGGGAGUCCAGAGACGAGCAAAUGUGUGCUCUGCCACUGGCUGAUGGACAGCAGCCUUCGUGCAAGAGAUAGGGGAGUGAGAGGGGCAAGAAUGAAAAAUGAGCCAACCUUUUGGCUGCACCAAGUCAGAAUGAGCCGGAGUAGCAGAUGGUCUCACGCCUGAGAGGCUGCCCUUCUAGAGAGCGGAGCUGACGAGGGUCUCUGCGGGAGUCACUCUUGCUAAGCCAUGUGAAGCACUAUUGUCUUGGGGUUGAUCUCUAGGGCAGCUCUUGGUAGGUUCUGCUGGGCAGAACACGUGGGCUAAAUCUCCGUGGAGAGUGUUCCUCAUCCUCUAUUCGUAAGUGUUCUUCCAAGCAAGGUCCCACUCUAGGCAGUAGACAGGGACCCCUUCUACUGAAUUUUUGAGGAAAGGGGGAAGAAAUGCUUUCAGAUCUUGGGUGCAAACCCUUUACAGGGCUAAAUGUAACCACAUGGAUCAACCACAUGCACAUCCUUAUUACAGAAGCCGUCCUUUCAUUUCAACUUAUAGCAAGCUAUGAUUUUUAUAUAUAAAUAUUAUAUAAAUAAUGUAUAAAACAUUAAAAGUUAACUAUGUAAAAUAUUAUUUCUGAAACAAUUUUAGCUGUAUCCACUAUGAUUAUAAACUGUGUCUCGACCUGUGUUAUUUACAUUAGCUGCUUAAAAAAGCAUCGAGUUAAUUUUUUUUAAAUAUCAACUAAAAUAUCGUAGUUCUGUGGUAGACAUUGUUUUACAGUGAAAGAAAUAACUGCAACUAGAGAAAACUGUAUAAAAACAUUAAAUUGUCAGUAUUUUUAUAAGGUUCCAUUUUGUAAAGAGGAUAAUAUUCGAAGACUUUUGUAGAAUACAAAGUGAAAACUUGUAUCUGCGAAACUAUACUUGUAUUAAAUGUGCUUUUUAAAUAAAAGCUCAUAACACAACUAAUUAAGGAAU